CAAUUAAAAAGAUAGUUACAGCUGUUAGUAUGCGAGCCAAUAUUACAAUAUUACAAGGUAAACAUGCGAUUGCCUGAUUUUUGCAGACAUCGACGAGUGUUUCAACAAUCCUUGUAUGCAUGGUGCCUAUAGCUGCAAGAAUACCUUUGGAAGUUAUGAGUGCAACUGUGCAUCAGACUACACAGGAAUCUAUUGCCAAAUAGGGAUAUUGACGGAUAUCUUUGAUGUCGCCUUCUUAUUUGAUGGCUCAUCCUACUUGGGCUCUGAUCAUUUCCAUCAAACACUGCUCCUUGCCAAAACGUUGUUGUCCAAGCAUAACAUCUCCCAGGACCAAACUAAUGUGGCUGCGGCGGUAUAUGCAAGCUCUGUCAGCUUUGGGUUUAACUUUACAGAACAUUACAGCUUUGCAGAGGUUGCUGCCGCCAUCGACAAUUUACCGUUCCUCGAUGAAACGCCUCUAAAAAUUGACAAUGCGCUACGCCUUGUUAGCGAGGAGAUUUUUACCACUGACAGAGAAAAUAUACCCGACGUCCUAGUGAUAUUUGUUAGUUCUACACUCAGUGGUAAUUUUACGGGAAUUUCACAAUCGCUUCGCGAGGAAGGGAUAAAAAUUAUCGUCGUUGGGGUUGGAAGCAGUUUUGAAUUAGACCAACUGGAAAGCAUUGGUGAUCACGUGAUCACCAUUAGUUACCAGGACCUGGAUGUUAUGGAAGGAGGCGUUGGUGGUGCGGUCAGUGAAGGUAAACUGAAAUUCUUGUACAUUCUCCUUGUUGUAUUUGACUAUAGCAGUCUUGGCAAUCAGUAUCGAUCUAGCCCCUUGUACUUUUCUUUGUUCAUUGUGUAAGGAAAUGGGCUAAAAGGAAAAUUACAAAAACGAAAGAAGAACAUAGCAAUAAUAACAAGCAAACAAACAAAUAAACAAGAACCCUACAGCAGCAGGGAAAAAACAGAAACAAAACAAAAACAAAAACAAAACUGCAAGAAAAAACAACAGCUGCAAUGUCUCAUUGGUUUGCAUUUACAAUUAUUGGUUUUCACCGGUCAUGUGAUCGAAGCAAAAAGUCGCAACCACAGAAUAAAUAACGUUAAGAUUACAGGAUA